AUGGAGCGGGGCCUCGCCCUCCUGCUUCUCUGCCUGGGGCUCCUGCUUCAGGGCCGCAGGCAGGUCCUGGAGGUGGAGCCCCCGGGGCCCGAGGUGGCAGUGGCGGUGGGCGAGUCGCUGCAGCUCACCUGCCGCCUGGCCUGCCCCAACCGUUCGGCCGCCUCGGUGCAAUGGCGGGGCCUGGACACCAGCCUGGGCGCGGUGCAGUCGGCCCCGGGCAGCAGUGUUCUCAGCGUGCGCAACGCCUCGCUCUCGGCGGCGGGAAUCCGCGUGUGCGUGGGCUCCUGCGGCAAACUCUCCUUCCAGCGCACCGUGCAGCUCUUGGUGUACGCCUUCCCGGACAAGCUGAGUGUGUCCCCAACGGCCCUGGUGCGCGGGCAGGACCAGGAGGUGGCCUGCACGGCCCACAAUGUCACGCUGGUGGACUCCGACUCCCUGUCCUUUGCCCUGCUCCUGGGGGACCGGGAGCUGGAGGGGGCCCAGGCCCUGGACUGGGAUGUGGUGGCCCAGGAGGAUGAGGAACCCCUGUUCCAUGUGACAAGGCGCUGGCUGCUGCCCCCCCUGGGGGACCCUGCUCCACCCCACCUACACUGCCAGGCCACCAUGAGGCUGCCCGGAUUGGAGCUAAGCCACCACCGGGCCAUCCCAGUCCUGCAUAGCCUGGCUUCCUCGGAGCUCCCCGCAUCAACCACCCUGGAGUCCCCAACCACAACUGCCCCGGAGCCCCCCACCUCGACCACCCAAGAGCAGGCCUCCACCCCUGGCUCCUGCCACCCUGAGAUCCUCCAGCCCCCCAUGUCAGCCAAUCAGGAGGCCACCUGGGACCUGUUAUGUGAGGUGGCCUGUGGCCCCCCCGGUGUGGCCGUGCACUGGACCGAGGCCCCUGGUGGUCUGGCAGCCUACAAGCAACGAGAGGCAGGAGCGCGGGCUUGGCUGAGUGUGCAGCAAGCUAGGUGUGCCCCCAGGGGCUGGUUCCAGUGCCGUGCGGACCCGGGGGGCAAGAUGACCAGCCUGUACGUGGACCUGAGAAGCUCACCCGACCCUGUGGUCAACCAGCCAUCGGCAGCCCUGUGGACCGGGACCUUGGUGCUGGGGCUGCUCCUCCUGACUUUCCUUGCCUACCGCCUGCAGAAGCACUGCCGCUCCCUGGGCUGAGGGCCAUGCACC